CAGAAAAAAAAAAAAUAAUAAAUCAUUUUAAAAAACUACCAAACGAUUUUUGGGUUGGUUAAUUCAAAUGGCUCGUAGGCAAACCGGUUCAGAACUCAGCCGCUUUGCUCCUUUGAUCCUCUUCUUCUUGGGCGGUCUCUCAUGUUUCAUGGUCUAUCUCUGUUUUUUUGCUACUUAUAAUUCAUCUUUCAGUGAAAGUAGGGGUGAAGGAGACAAAGAAAUCAGGUGUUGUAGAGGAAUUCAGCAAUUGGAGCUGUGGGGUGAUGCCGUGAAAUGGGGUUCUCAAUUCAAGGUGAAUUCCUCAGAGGACUGUUGCAUGGCUUGUAAGGACAUGUGUCGGGGCGUUGAUGGGCAUUGUCCCUGUAAUUCUUGGGUCUUCUGUGGAGAUAAACAAGUCUGUGGCUCCAGAUUCGGUGAGUGUUGGCUGAAGAAGCAGAAUGACUUGUUAGAGCCUGACCGGCGGGACGCAGGCGAUGCAGUUAUGUGGACUUCUGGACUAGUCUUUGGUCAGGGAGAGGGUAUUGUUGGACUGAAAACGGAGUAUGGGAUUCUUCGUGUGAAACUUCUACCUGAAUCUGCCCCAAUUUCUGUUGCUUAUAUCCUGGAGCUAUUGGCAUUACGACAAUGUCCAGGUUGCCAAUUUUAUCGGGCUGAAAGCCGAGGAGCCAGUUGGGAUUCAAAAGGAAAUCACAUUGCAUAUGCUCCAUUUGGCCCGCCAUAUGCUCUAAUUCAAGGAACACUUGAAGCUGAAGGAACCAUAUUUAAGGAAAUUCCAGCAGAGUUCUGCCGUUCUAUAACAAGAGGAUCAGUGGCAUGGGUUGGUUCUGGCCCAGAUUUCUUUAUCAGCCUGGCCAAUCAUCAUGAGUGGAAAAAAUCCUACACCGUAUUUGGUUCUGUUCUCCCAGAAGAUAUGGAAAUUGCGGAGAAAAUCGCAUACCUUCCAACUAAACCAGAGUUUUGGAGCAAUGUUAAAGUGGCUAUCUUGCAAAAAACAAUUCCAAUACGGUUUCAAAGAGUAAAGACAAGUCAUGGAAAUCUCAAGCUCAAUACCAACAUGGACACAGAUGCAAAGCUGUCUUAGUAAAAGGUGCUUUCCACCAUGCUCUUCCAGUACUUGAAUUUUGGUUUCUCUUUCCGUACUUGAUACCAUAAUUACACUGUAAAUAGGAUAAUAAUAUUAUGAGUUGUAAUUUUAAGAACGCUAAAAGCUUGAAGGUCUAUGUAUCUUACUAUCUAUAUGUUUUACUAUAAUGAAUUUUCUCCGGCUUAAUAAGGCACAUGUGGUUGUUUCUCAUCCACGAUAUGGUGAAGAAAAAAGCCACAUGUUGUAAGCCGAAGUUGAUAAAUGUUUAUUCGACUUUUCAAGUGUUUAGAGCUGUC